AUAGACCAAUAUGAUUCGUUAAUCCCACCAGUCCAAUAGGUAGGGUGAAUCAAUGUAGAGCUAUCCAGCAACCCGUAAUCUCGGAGACUGACAUUUUUAUCCUGAGCACUCCUAAGCUUGUUUGAGUCUUCGAUCAGGUCUCAAGGAAACAUGGCUGACCUCCGUGUUAUUAUCAAACAAUUUAUUUCCUCAAAGAAAAAACCCAUUGGAAUUUGACCCCAGCAUGUUAAUUUGGUGCCACCUACCAGAGAGAGGGUUAUGUCGGGUUAUAGCUCACAGAUAUAACAACAACUUUGGUAGUUGUGAAUAGUCACUAUUCCAGUGUAAAUGUAUAGACUUGUACUGUAAUUAUAACGUAACGCUGCGACACGUAACAUCAACAGCCGGCGACACACGCUGUUCAGUAUAACGUACAUCUAUAUGUUUCCAUGACGGGUGAAUUAUGGCGUCCCUGACGUUGCUUGUUAUCCAUGUAUGUUUCUACUUCUCAUGUGUCAAGGCUUUUUUCUGCAAAAAGGAUAUAAUUUGUUCAGGCCAUCAGUUCUGCUGCAAUGAUGAUACAGAGUGUUGUAACCUCACUGAAGUCCACAAACUCUGGUGGUUCUGGUACGUGGUGGCGGUGGUUCUUUUCUUCAUCUUUAACCUGGUCCUCGCCCUGUGUAGAUUUAGGAGGACCAGUUCACUCCCCGACCUACAGGUACAGGCUGGUCGGCCGAUGUACGGGAGUGUUACUCUACACCUGCCACCCCCGCAGUACAACCCCCCUUCUCCGUACCAAUCUGGAACACCUGACUAAACACAUUCCCCGCCAUCGUACCGAUGAAGAAGUGACAGAAAUGCCGGAGAAUAUUUUUAAACAAUUAAGCUAUGAUUUACUUUGGGGGAUGCUCGCCGUGAAAUUUGUUACCAAUGUUGUAGUUGAGUGCAUGUAUUAGUUUUUUAUUUUUUAAAUCUUAGCCCUGUGAAUGUGUUGGUGUAAUAUUUGUAUGGUCAUUCUAUUAAUUAUAUAAAUUACAUUUUU